AUGACGCAGAAGAAGGUGGCUCCAGCAGGGACCCCCGAGGGUGCAAAUGUACCUCCAAGUUACGAGGAGGCCAAUGCAGGAUGUCCCGGUUACUCUUACACUGAAGGUGCGUUUUUAUGGGACGACAGGAACAUCAGACGUGUUUUUAUUCGUAAGGUUUAUUUGAUCCUGACGUCCCAAUUGUUUGUGACAGGAGCCGUUGUGGCACUUUUCACGUUUUAUGCACCGGUCAGGUUCUACAUUCAGACUCAUCCUGGACUUUACUCCACCUCCAGCUUUCUGUUCUUCAUCACGUACUUGUUGUUGGCUUGCUGUGGAGAUCUGAGGAGACGGUUUCCGUGGAAUCUCGUCCUGCUCGGCGUGUUUACGCUGUGCUCGGCCUGCAUGCUGGGGUUCAUUUCCAGCUACUACAGGAGUGAAUCAGUGCUGCUGUGUGUCAGUAUCACGGCGCUGGUGUGUCUGUGUGUCUCCAUCUUGAGCUUCCAGUCUAAAAUUGACGUGACCUCCUAUCAGGGUUUGCUGUUGAAUCUCUGCAUGCUUCUGCUCCUCUGUGUUCUGGCUCUGGGGCUCCUCGUCCCGUUUGGACACGUACCGUGGUUACAGGCUCUGUACGGGAUUGUAGGAGCCGUUACCUUCACCAUGUUUUUGGCGUUUGAUACACAGUUGAUGAUGGGGAAUAAACAGAACAUCAUCAGUCCUGAAGAACACAUCUUCGCUGCUCUCAGCUUGUAUUUGGACGUUAUUAAUAUAUUUCAGCACCUUUUACAGCUGUUUGGAGACUCAAGAGAGUAAAACAGAAAGAAUUAAA